AAACACAUGGUUAAUUGUGGCGACAGUGUCCCAGGGCUGCCAUUCCUUGUUUAGUACUUCAUCUCCCAGACGUCUUCACGGUCUCUCCCUGUGUUUACAACCAGCUGACAUCCGGCGUCUUCCCGUCCAUUAGCUACCGAUACCCACAGUCAACGAUAUCAAUCUACAUUCGAUGUUUUCCUCCUGAAAAGCUCCCACCUCUGAUUCGUCAACUUAACUGAAUGCAAAAUUCCAUAACAUUCAUCAGAUGCAGGUAAGGUCGGCAGGACGGAUAGAUGCUCACAUACAGCCCGAAGAUAGCUAGCGACAGACAGAAGCUAGCACUUCAGCUAAAGGGCUUUGGCCCCGUCUCCAGCAGCUGAAGCACGCCAGUCCCGUCCUCUCUGAUCCACGUCCACGGCCAUCACACUCACUGAGCCAUGACCACCCAGAGGGAUCUUGAUAUGGUGCACCUGCGCCUCAUCCUGGUCAGUGGAAAAACGCAAGACUUCACUUUCUCCCCAAAUGACUCGGCCACAGACAUCGCCAAGCACGUGUUUGAGAACUGGCCUGCAGGAUGGGAGGAGGAGAGGGUGAGCAGUCCCAGCAUACUGCGCCUCAUUUUCCAGGGACGCUUUCUUCAUGGCAACGUCACUCUGGGAGCUCUAAAGCUGCCAGCGGGCCGGACCACCGUCAUGCACUUGGUUGCCAGAGAGACUCUUCCAGAGCCCAACUCUCAUGGUCAAAGGAACAGAGAAAAAACCACAGAGAGCAACUGCUGUCUCCUCUUGUAAAGCAACUGAAAUGACAUCCCUUUAUCCGCUACCUUAACUUCACACAAAAACAUCCACACACAUACACGCACACAAACAAAAACACACAGACUCAUGACAUUAGAAACAUAUACACACCUUUUCCUCUCCUGCCUGUCAUCCUGUCCGAUCUGGAUUAAAAUGAAUCACAGGAUGGUUUGGCCGUUAUCUGCACCAAUCCUUA